CCACCGAACCAUCAUCCCCGGGACGGAUGAUGAAGCGUACCGAGGACGACACACGUGACGGUAGCAGCUAUCAGUUUCUAGACCUUACCGAUGCCGGCCAGAAUGAGGCGUCCGCACUGAUGGGAAUUUUAUACCCUUCGUCUGACGCUUCUUCCGUUGCACAAGAGCCACCAUCUUCUGUCUGUCAGCAAAAUUCUGCCCACGGUCACACACCACGCUUAGCAUCCGGUCCUUCGAUGUCUCGACCGAAGGAGGUUGAACAGCAGCAACAGCCGGCACAUGCAAAAGAUCACUUCCAGGUUGUGCUUCCGCAAGAGUUGUCACAGUUGAACGGCUUAAAUCCUCAUGCGCGUGCGUUCGAUCCAGUUCCGAUCGUUUUUUUGCCCAGACCGAUGGCAAUUGCUGGUGUAGGCACUAAAGUCUCCCGUACACCGUUCGGUAAAGACUAUCCACCGGAAUCAGAGCACGUAACACCAGGACCUGGUGGUGGUGGUAUGGUGAUCGUUCCUGUGCGCAAACAUUCGCUAGUUUCAACUCCGCUUCUUGCACAAUCAACGCCACCGGUGUCCACUGCUUCGAUCGCUGGUAAUGUGGGGAUUGCUGCCAGAUCUUCUGCCCUGCUGUCGUCAGCAGGAGUAGGCGGAGGUUUGCUUCGUACUGCAUCGAUCGUUUCAGCGUCAGCAUCAGCACCACCGCUGCCGAAUUUCGUGAACGAAGGCAACAGUAGUUCGUACGUCAUCGAUACGGAGAAGGUGCUCGGCAGUGGAGAACAGUGGAUCGGUUUUUCGGUCCAGACGACGGCCACGAGCGUCGCAGCAGGAGGAGGAGGAGGAGGAGGUGGAGAAGUCAUAGCACGGACUUCCAUAGUAACGGCUGCGACUAUGCCUCCACACACCAACAAUCCGCAUCACCUUCAGCAGCAGCAGCAGCAACAACAUCAGCAGCAGCAGCUAGGUUCGGGAGCUAACAAUCAGCAACAGCAAACAGGUGGACAGCAGCAACCCGGCCAAGGCCCACCCCAAACACAGCCCCACAAUGUUGGUGGAAGAAGCGGCGGAGGAGGUGGUAAUGGAGCUGGUGGUGGUGUCACUUCUGGCGGGGACACCGGUGGACGAAAUGCCGAUCGGGAAAAUGGCAAUCAGCAAAUGCAGCAGCAGCAAGCCGUUUCCGUUUCGAACCCGCACCAGCAGCAGAUGCUGCCCCACAUGUACACCCCAAUACCGGCCUCCGCUUACAUCCCACCGGCACCGCACGGGAUGUAUCCGGUGCAGAUGUUGCCACCGACCGCAGCCCAGGUACCGAACAACGUGUUCGUGAGCAAUUUAACGGCGAACGUCAGUGUUCACGGAUAUCCAGCGAUAUCACCGUACCUGGCGACGACUGCCACCCCACCGGGCGCAUACAUGCAGGCGGACGUUGGAGCCGGUCCCGAGAUGCAGCUGAUACCGCAGGCACCGGUAACGAUGUCGGGACGGGGUACGAUGCGCCGUGGUGGACGGAACAAUCGGGGUGGAAAUAAUUCCCGCUCCCGGGGAGGAUAUGUGCCGCACUACAUUCAACAGCAGCAGCAGCAACAACAACAGCAAUCCUAUCACCAUCAACAGCAGCAUGCCCAGAGCUAUCAUCAGAGUCUCGCGCAGCAGCAACAGCAGGGCGUAAUGCACCAUCAGGGAGGGCAACCGCAGAUGCAGCAACAUCAGGUGCAGCAGCAACAGUCGCAACAGGGUGGUCAAGGAGGUGUUGGCGGAGGUCAGCAGCAACAGACUCCUCCCACAUCUGUCAGUGGAGGUGGCCAACAGUCCCAGCAGCAACUUCAACAUCCACCCCAGCAACAUACACCCGAGUUGAUGCACAUCGAAGGUCCACCGAUGAUGAGUGCCGCCGGUGCUCAGUACGGGAAUCUGCAUGGUGGGUUCUAUCUGCUACCGCAUAUGCCUCAACACGCCUCCGGUACGCCACUGUUCAUGGCUGCGCCCCAGAUGCAGAUGUACUACAAUGCUCCUCUGCACGGUUAUCCGAACCUGGUGUAUCCGUACAUCCCGUCGGACUAUCAACUGUACGACGAUCCGAAAGGUGAUGACGGUGGACCGCCGCACGGUGGCCAGGGACAUGAUGAUCCGGGUGUUCACCCAGGUGCAGCGAUGUGGCCCCAGCCGCCUCAGCACCUGACGCUUGAUUAUCAUCCCGAAACGGGUGAAUAUUUGCCGGUGCACGAAGAUGAUGGAAGUGGUGCAGCGGCAGGGAUGUUACCACAGGGUCCACCACCACAAACGAUGGGUCACCACGUGCUGGAUCCAAAUGUGCCUGGUUUUACGAUGCAGUUAGCACCGGCUCCGAUCGUUCCGAUGCAGCAACAACCUCCGGAAGAGUAUCAUCAACAGCAACCACAACAGCAGCAGCUUGUUGGGGCUGGAUCGCAGCCACAAGUUGAAGAUUAUAAUGGUAACGGACAAAUUCCAGUGAGCUCGAAUGCAUCAGCGUCAGCGAUGCACUCUCCAAUCGUAGUUACCUCCGUUGCACAGCACAACAUUGUGGCGGGAGUUCCGCAACCGGAGGAUAUAAUGGUGAGCGGUGGGUAUCUGGUUGGUCCGGGACCUCAUCCACCACAAUCGAUGACGACGAUGGAAGGAUCGACGGAAGUCUUGAUGGUGCCUGCGGAACAUCAACCGCAUCCGGGUCAGGCACCAACAGGAGGAACCGGUGUUAUGGACGGCGCACAGCCGAUAAACAACAAUUUCCUUGUUGAUCCACAAUUCUAUCAAUCGCAUCCUCCACCGCCAUCGACGCUACAGCAGCAACAAUUGCAGCAACAGCCGCAACAACAAUAUCAACCUGUUCCAACGCAGCCACAAGGAGGCGCUAUUACCUUGACGGACUCUCCACCAUCAACCACCAAUCAAUCCUUCCAAGCGACGCAACACACGGUGACAACAACCGGAAUUGUUGCCAGCAGUGCGCUUGAUGCGAAUGGUAACGAUACCAACAACAACAGCAGCGCCGAUAAUCGUAAAGCCGACAUAAUUACCUCACCGAAGCACGUUGAUGCCGUUGUGAUGACAAACCACCACACAUCGCCACUGCCGUCCAAUGUUAGUAGCACCACUACAUCAUCUCCCCAGCAAAAUGAGCGAACGUCGCCAGCGAUGACGACGCAUCAGCGAGGGUCAGACGGCAGUGUUGCCAGCAAACAGUCGAACGUGUCCAAUGUGCCAAACCAGCAGGGAUUCCAACAGCAACAGCAGCAGCAGCAACCACCAAUACUUGGUUACGCUGCAGCUGUCGCAUCACAAGUCCCGCCACGCACUACCCGGCCAGAACAGCUUGAAUCAGCGGUCAAGGGUACGCAUGAAAGGAUGGAGAAACUUUCGUUAAAAGAUCAGGAUCAAAGGCGGACUACGGUGACUGCAUCAGCUUCCUCUGUGGUUGGUGGUGGAGUGAAUCCUCAACGGAGCAGUGCCGCGCCGUCGUCGACCGGUCGACAUUCGAACGCCGAAAGUGGGUGGGUUAAUAAUAGCGGCGUCGGACCGAAAAAGGGAACCGCGUCGGUUUCAGUUUCAGCGAUACCGAACAAAGAAUUUCCGCCCGGUGCGUCCGGUGGUCAACAGAACAAGAGCAACACAUCGCCGGUACCGUUCACAACGUUAGUUGGAACUGUAGCGACGGUACCAUCGUCGUCGGUCAGUUCGACAUCAGUAUCUUCCAGCAAGCAGCAGCAGCAGAAACCCUUUCCGGAUCACAACCAGCGUCCGUCGAGCGGGGUUAACACCAGCAGUUCCUCGGCAGCUAGCGGGACAAUCAACAGUGGGGUAGGAGGAGUUCCCAGCAGCGGUCCGACUACAGUCGUUCCUCCACAGAUGGAAUCGAAGAAGGUGGAAGCAAUUCCUCAGCGUACGAUUUCAGCAGCAGCAUUAGCGCCUGUGACAACGAGCUCGGUCGGAGCUACAGACGCUACGAAGCAGCAGCAGCACCACCAAGAUGUGGUAAUUGUACCUAGGCCCACUACAACCGCUACUACCACUUCAAACUCCAUAGCUACUAACACUAACACGAUACCACCCGGUGGAGCGCCGCCGCAACCCAACAAAACCUGGGCGAGCCUGUUCCAAACGUCUUCAUCGUCGUCGCCGUCGUCGUCUGCGGCAUCGAUGUUGUCGUCUACUGCGUCCAUGGUUCCAGCGGCUCCGGUAGCAGCAGCAACAUCAUUAGGUGGACCGACAUCGGCAGUGACCGUUUCUGCAGCGUCUUCGACGGGAGCGAAUGGACCUACAGCAGCAGCACCGAGCACCACCACUACUGGAGCUGGCGCGUUGUCUUCUUCUUCUUCCCAGCAGCACCACCACACACCGGCAUCGUCGGGAGUGACUUACGCGGCCUCCGCUAACCGGGGACCGCCAGUUACUACCACUGCGUCCUCUGCGUCGCCAUCGUCGGCAAGUACAUCGUCCAGUGCCGAUGCUGGUUCCUCAGCGGGCGCCAAAAAACCGGUAGCUAAGGUGCAACCGUACGAAAGAAAUCAUUCGCAGCCGGUGCCUGCACCGAGUGCUCCCAUGUCGUAUUCAUCUGCAGCGGCUUCCACACCGUCCAGUGGAACAGGAAGUUCCGCUAAUCAGAUGAACAUCACCGCCGGCAAAGGAAAGGGUACGCAAACGGCUGCAUCGAAGAAGACAUCGACAGCUGAUGCGAACGCGACAGCGGCAGGUUUCGGACCGGUCAUCGGAGAUGUGAAGGAUGAUUUUUCGUUAAAGUUUGGAGAUUUCCUCAGCGGAUACAGCAUUGAUAACAGCAGCAUCAGCAUAACUCCACGCGGUUUAAUCAAUCGGUCCAACUACUGCUACAUUAACACGAUCCUGCAGGCGCUGGUGGCUUGUCCACCGUUUUAUCACCUGAUGCGCACGAUUCGCAACCUUCCGGCGGCGAAAAAUUCUAAGCAUCCAAAACCAUUCAUUGAUGCCAUGUGCUCGUUGGUGAGCGAAUUCUCGCAGCUUCCGAUACGAUCGAAAACCCAGCGCGGUGAGAAGGGCAAGAAAGAUGAUAUACCGGAAAUACAAGUUGAUACACCGUUCGAACCGACCGUCAUCUACAAGAUGCUGAAUGGCAUACGCUCGGACAUAUUCCAGAUCGAGGGCCGGCAGGAAGACGCGGAAGAAUUCCUAGGUUGUGUGUUGAAUCGACUUAACGAUGAGAUGAUAGAGUUUAUGAAAUUCAACAAAACUGAACAAGGUAAUGUGAACGGUGAAGAAUCAUCCAACGGAGAGGUGCACGGCGAGGAGGACGCUGAUGAUUGGAUGGUUAUUUGUGGCAAUCGUAACAAGGGUACGGUAACACGGACCACCGAUUUCGGACGGUCACCGAUUAGCGAUAUUUUCCGUGGUAAAUUACGCUCCCGGGUGCAACGCGAUGGCGUACCGCCGACCUACAACAUUCAGCCAUUUUUCACGCUUCCCCUCGAUAUUGAGAAAGCUGCAUCCGUGAAAGAAGCCCUAGAACAACUGGUUGGCCGUGAUGAGCUGGAAGGUGUAACGUGCUCAAAAACGAAGCAGGAGGUAGCUGCGUGGCAGCAAGUAACGCUGGAGGAACUUCCCGUAGUACUUAUUCUUCAUCUGAAGUGUUUCGAUUACAAAAUGGACGGCUGUACCAAAAUUCUGAAAACGCUGGACUUCCCGAUUGAAUUGAAGAUCGAUUCAAAACUAAUGUCCUCAAAGGGUAAAAGCUAUUCGGCCAAGCAGAAGCAGUACAAACUGUUUGCGGUGGUUUAUCACGAUGGCAAGGAAGCGUCCAAGGGCCACUACAUCACCGACGUGUAUCAUUCCGGGUACGGUAGCUGGAUUCGGUAUGAUGACAGUAUCGUUAAGCCGGUCCCGGAGUAUAACGUGUUGCGUCCGCGUGCUCCCCGGGUGCCGUAUCUGUUGUACUACCGUCGAAUGGAUACCCAGAGCCAUGGCUCAAACAGUGAGCAUCACCACCGUGGUGGUGGUGGAGGUGAUGGUAUUGGGGGUGGUGGAGCAGGUGGCGGCGGUGCUGGUGGUGGCGGCGGUCGUGGAGGUUCAUCCCAUUCGAACGCUUCCGAAAGAAAUGAUCGUCAAAAUGUGCAACAUCAUCAUCAUCAUCACCAUCAUCACGGCAACGAUCAUCAUCAUGGUCGCGGAACGAGUGGUGGUAGUUACGGUGGUAAUGGUGGUUACGGAAGUGGUGGUCACGGUAACAGUGGUGGUAGUCAUUACGGUAGUGGAGGGGGACAGGGUAACAGUGGCCAUUACAACAACUCGAAGUAAAA